ACCCUAUGUUGUCACGAAUUGUAAGAGGAGAUUAUCUCUCUGUGUUUGAAUACGCUCCUUCUAGACGUGUGAGACUUUUUACAGGUGCCUUCAACCAAAUUGUACACAGCUCCUCCCCUUCUGAUGCAGAGUUUGAUGCAGUUGUUGGGUAUCUGGAGGAUAUUAUAAUGGAUGAUGAUUUCCAGUUAAUACAGAGGACUUUUAUGGAGAAGCACUACCAGGAGUUCGAUGACUCAGAAGAAAACAAGCUCAUCUAUACUUCUAUUUUUAAUGACUAUAUCUCUUUAGUAGAGAAAUACAUCGAAGAAAAGUUGCUUGAUCGGAUUCCUGGUUUUAAUAUGACUGCUUUCACAAUGUCAUUGCAACAGCACAAAGAGGAAAUGGCAGGUGAUAUAUUUGAUAUGCUUCUCACAUUUACUGACUUUCUGGCUUUCAAAGAAAUGUUCUUGGAUUACAGAGCUGAAAAAGAAGGUCGAAGUCUGGAUUUAAGCAGCGGGUUAGUGGUGACUUCAUUAAACAAAUCAUCAAUAUCCUCCUCCUAG